AUGACUUCAAAGCUCCCCUGGGUGUGCUUCAUACUCGCUGCAUUAAUACCUUCAAUUACAUUUUCUCUUGAACUUGACCAGGAAAAGGUUCUUCUGGUUUCAUUUGAUGGAUUCCGUUGGGAUUACUUAUAUAGAGUUCCAACACCCCAUUUUCAUUAUGUUAUGAAAUAUGGUGUUCGUGUGAAGCAAGUUACUAACAUUUUCAUUACAAAGACCUACCCUAACCAUUAUACUUUGGUAACUGGCCUCUUUGCAGAGAAUCAUGGGAUUGUUGCCAAUGACAUGUUUGAUCCUAUUCUGAACAAAUCUUUCUCCUUGGAUAACAUGAAUAUUUACAAUUCUGAGUUUUGGGAAGAAGCAACACCAAUAUGGAUCACAAAUCAGAGGACAGGACAUACUAGUGGGGCGGCCAUGUGGCCUGGAACAGAUGUAGAAAUACAUAAGAGCUUUCCUACUCACUACAUGCCUUACAAUGAGUCAAUUUCAUUUGAAGAUAGAGUUGCCAAAAUUAUUGAAUGGUUUACAUCAGAGGAGCCCAUAAAUCUUGGUCUUCUCUAUUGGGAAGAGCCUGACGACACGGGCCACAAUUUGGGGCCUGACAGCCCGCUCAUGGGGCCUGUCAUUGCAGAUGUUGACAAGAAGUUAGGGUAUCUCAUACAGAUGCUGAAGAAAGCAGCGGUGUGGGACCGUCUGAACCUAAUCAUCACAAGUGACCAUGGAAUGAGCCAGUGUUCUGAGGGAAGGGUGAUAGAACUAGACCAGUAUCUGGCUAAAGACCACUACAGCCUGAUAGACCAGUCUCCAGUAGCAGCUAUCUUGCCAAAGGAAGGGAAGUUUGAUGAAGUCUAUGAAGCACUAGCUCAUGCGCAUCCUAAUCUUACUGUUUACAAAAAAGAAGAGAUUCCAGAACAAUGGCAUUAUAAAUACAACAGGAGAGUUCAGCCAAUCAUAGCAGUGGCUGAUGAAGGAUGGCACAUUGUGCAGAAUAAGUCAGAUGGCUUUCUGUUAGGCAACCAUGGUUAUGAUAAUGCAUUAGCAGAAAUGCACCCAAUCUUCUUAGCCCACGGGCCUGCCUUCAAAAAAAAUUUCAGCAAAGAAGCCAUGAACUCCACCGAUCUGUACCCACUUCUCUGCCACCUCCUCAAUAUCACUGCCAUGCCACACAAUGGAUCAUUCAGGAAUGUCCAGGAUCUGCUCAGUUCAACAACUCCAAGAGCAAUUCCUUACCCGCAGAGCACUACACUCCUCCAUGGUGGCGUCAAACCAAGAGAAUAUGAACAAAAGGAGUCAUAUGCUUAUUUCAUAGGGGUCUCUCUCGGUAGCAUUUUAGUUAUUGUAUUUUUUAUGAUCCUCGUUAAGCAUUUAAUUCGCAGUCAGAUCCCUGCCUUACCAGAUAUGCAGGCUGAAAUAGUUCAACCAUUGUUGCAGGCCUAAUGCUUCCUUGAAGUGGAGAUUGUAUAAUUAUGUCAGUAUUUAGAGGUUUCAGAUUCUAGGAAACCGGUUUCUGAUGUUUGCACAGACCAUUAGGCAGUUGCAUACAUACACAGGCACAGUGACAUACACACACACGGGUGGACCAAAAUAUACAUAUUUGCAGAGGAUUAACUAUGUGGAAAUGUGUUUGUGUUGUUCUUUCUAGUUUAGGGUAGAUAAGUUCCUGCCAUAUUUGGACUUGGCACGUAUAAUGUACAUAUUUAGCAACUUUGCACCACUCAAAGUAUCUUACGUAUUGCACUUUAAAUUAUGCUUCUGGUAAGUACUUUUAUGUACUUUAUUGACAGUUAUGUCUUAUAACUUGGUUGAAAAAGACAACCUUCUAUAUCCAUGUCACAGAAUCCUUGCUACCUAUUCUUUGAACUGAAUGAAAUUUCUAAUAAUUCCUAAAUAAUGUAGAAGUCUAUCUCAAAUUGGGAGAGCAAGAAGAAAGAACUGUUGAAAAUUAAACAUGACAUCCUUUGAACAUUGAAUUUCAGAGAGAUGCAUUCCUGACAGAAUGAUACAUCUGGCAUUCCUUGUCAGGUUUCUUUUUAAAGGUCAUGUCUUUUCAUUUUAUAUUUCAAAAUAGAUUGAAAUACAGGUUAAUUCUAACCAUGUUUUUUCUGUCAUAAAAUUCAUUAUUGCUACUUCCUGGUAAGUUAUUUUACUCUGAUUUUUGUAAUCAUGAAGACAUCAUGAAUAUGCAUUUCUUUCCUAUGUAAUCUAGCACUGAUCUGAACAGAAGAGAUUGGGCACCAUCUCAGCAGUGUUUUCUCUUAUAUAAUAUAGCUUCUUUGAAAACUAAAUCACUGUUGCAUUAAAAAUCUAAUUAGGUAAAAUAAUGUUUGUUUUCUUUCUGGUAAUAUGCAGUAACAGAGCAUAAGCCAUCUUUUAGAUUUGUGCAUUUGAAGAUAAUAGAGUUGCAAGAGAGCAGACUAUUGGGGAAAAUGUAGGCCGCCCAGUUCUUGAAAAGAGCUGUGUGGAGCGUGGGGGAAAGGGAAUUAGGCCAAUCGCGUUAGGUGCACGCAGUACCCAGAGCAGUGCUAAAAGAGUUCCUGAUGGCAAAAGCUAGAAGUAACUCUUAGAGGUAACAGGUACUGAAACGAGAGCUGAGCUUGUACCCUUGUUACAUGAAGUAUUUGUUCACUCACCAAGUACUCAGUGCAAUCAAAGGUGAAUUCAAGUUCACAAAGAGACUACCUCCUGGAUGGUUUUUUCAUCCACUUCGUCAUUGCUUCUCUCAUUCUAGCCACCUAAAGCUGCGCUUAGAUCCCCAGUAGGUUGGGGAAAGGGCAGUGUUACCUAUGUGUUUUAGAGGAAAGAACACCCUGGAAAGAAUAGCUUUCCUUAUAGAAAAAAGAAACCAGUUUAGAGAGGCAUGCCCAACAGGUAAUGCUAUGAUUUGGUGCAUUUUUAUGUGCCAGCUGGCCAAUAAGUUGGUAAAAUCGUACAUGAAUUCUAGAAAUAAAGGAUAAAUGAGAUGUAAAGUGUGUCAUUAAACUUAAGUACUUGCAAAA